AUGGGGAAAGCCUCCGGUCCCUUGGAUGCUACAAGCAGGCCGGAAACAAAUGGCGCUGGGAGCUGGCACAAAAAUUUAGCCGUGCUCACUAAUAACCUUCACCUGGGGGUCAGGAGCCCAUCGGACGGUGACACACGCGUGCGGCGCAGGCGCCUAUGCACGCGCACGCGCACGCGCGCGCACGCGCUUUCGUACGUACCCGCACCCACAUCUCCCCUCCCCCCUGACGUGGCCUCUCCGCACGCUGUAAAGCAGCGAGCGCCUCGUGUCCUUGCCAGGCUGGAACCGGAAGUGGGACCCAGUCAUACUUGUCCUGGAAAAGUGACCUCUGCUGCUCAUUUCUUCUGGAGGAUCAGCGAAUGUGGGAACAGAGAAAAAGAAGACAGCAAAAGCCUUCCAGUCCAUCAGCUCGGGCUACGCGUCAGGAAGGGGAGACCUAACGGCAUGGCUGAUCCCAGAAAAUUUAUGGAAGUAUCUGUCUCUGGAGAGAGAGCCCUAAACAUCUGGACUAGGAAGAAGACACUUUUCAUGUCCAAUGCAACUCUUCUGGACGGCUCUUCUCCAAGUGAGGACUCAAUGACACCGGUGGAAAAUAAAAAUCUAGACCUAUUUCUGCUAUGGGACCAUUCUGGAAGGGUUUCUCUGUCAGAGAUCAAUGAGGUUUGCCGUGGCUCUGGAAGCUGGCUCCUGUGAAGGUGUGCAGGCAGAGCCAAGAAUGCAUGUCUUACAGUCCUUGCUUAUGCAGCAGGAAAGCCAAAGAACCCUGAGAGCCUUUUUCACAUUCAUUCCCUGGAUCAGUGUCCUACCCAUUUGCUCAGAAACUACACCAUCAACUGUCGCCGGAUCCCUAAAAUGUGCCCUUCCUCCCAGAACUAUUCCUUCAACAGAACAGUGAAUACUGUUUCUAUAAAGUGCCAUGCAUGGUUAGGCCCAUUCCUCUAAGAGUCAAAAAAGAAAAAGAAAAAAAAAAGGAAAAGGAGAAGAAAAAGCAACAAGCUAUAUCCAUAUUCUUGCUAAAUGAUGAAACCAGCAGACUCCACAAACGUGCUGGGAUGAUGCUUGGCUUUCGUUCCUCCUGGGUCCCUUGUUACCAUCUCCCUUGGUAUGUCCCCCUCCUCCUUCCCUGACACAGAGCUUGUAUCAACGGACACAGCACACUGAAAUAGCUCAGGGGUUAUUUAUGUUUUAUUCAGACACUUUCUUUUUGGUGAAUAAAGUCUUCCAGACACAAAGAUGUCAGAUCUCGAAGGGUGAAAUUCCAAAGCACUAAUAGAUAGCGAGGAACAAAUUUUGGGCCAAACACAUAGCACGUAUUAGUAUGUGUAUUAAAUGACUGACAAUAUCAAGAUGGAAGUGCCAGAAGGGUGCCCAGACUGGUGAGUUUUGGUGGACAUAACUGAUGGAAGAUCAGUGAGUCCUUGGAGGAAGUACUCCAAAGUUCCAUAGAGCCAACGUGAACUCGGACUAGUAUCCUUUCAUUGGUUAUGUGGUUAAAAAUUCAGAGGGGGAAAAAAAGCUAACUUUUACAAAUUCUUCUUCCUCCCGUUUCUCCCUAAGCACAAACAUAGUGUUAUGGAAUGUUUGAGAAAAUAUUUACCAAAUGGCCAAGCAUAUGGUCAGUGGAUCAGCCAGAUAAGCUGACACCAACAUCAAAGGAAGGGCAGGAGGGAUGGGAAGGCUAUGAGUCAGUGUGUCCACAUCUCCUAGCGAGACAACCCCCCACAUCCGCUGAAUCUAUUCUAGAGCCACACUUGCUCUUGCAAACACCUCAGCCCAGAGAGCCACAAAGGAAUAGAACUUGAAUAGAAAAUGCUUGCCCUGCUGUUUCCUCUGGAAGCUGGAUGCAGCCAGCUUCCGCAGUAGACAAGCCGUUAUGAUCAAAGAGAGAGGGAACCUGUUCCCUGGCCUUCUGCACCUGGGAAGGAAGGAGAGCGUUAUCUGAGGUUGCUGCUGUAGACAAAAGUGCCCACCAGGAGGAGCACACGAUGUAUUCUCCACUGGGGGCACACAUGGACCCUGGCCUGCGCGUCGACUGCUUUAUGGAGCAUUGUACUGCUGGGUCCAGCCAGCAAGAGGCUCAAGAAAAUUAGGCAGUGGUACCUGGAGAGAAUCUGGUUCUCACCUCGCAUAGGGAGAAGAGAAGAAAAGGAGAACUCCAUGUUAGUGACUUAUACUCGAUGUAUCUAGAAACAAGACUGGGGGCACCUAUCCACAAAUGUAAACAGUUGUUAUCUUUGCCUGAUGGGAUUAUCAGUGAUAGCUGUUACU